AUGAUAAUUUAAUAAAAAAACACAAUUCGGCAUUUAAUAGAGCAGAAUUAAGAAAUCAAAAAAUAUAAUCUUGUUAUCAAAACCACACAAGAUGAUAAUUUUCAAAUAUAUUUAAAUUCUUAUUUUGAAUAAUUCUAAUUGGAUACAUUAAUCUCCUAUACUUUAGGAAAAUUUGCCUUAAGCUGCAAAUAUAUGAAAAGCAAAUUAUUGAAAGAAAAUAUUUAAUUUCCUUCUGCGUUUAAAUUAGAUAUAAAAAAUGAUUCUAUUACUCGAAUGAAAAUGGAGCAUCCAAUAAUAGCAUCCCCUAAUUAAAGAUUAAUUAUGAAUCCUUAGUUUAUAAAUUAGAAAUAUUUAUUUGAGAAUUUAAAUUAUGAAGACAAUUGUUUAUAUCAUGAUGAAUUUUUAGAUGAAUUAUUGCUUACAUUAUUAUUUUGGGAAAUUCAUUUAAAAUUAUAAUAAAGGUCUUAAUCAGAUUCAUAUGAUAUUUUUAUUUAUCCUAAUCGAUGUAAUUUUUAUAUUGUAAAAAAUGAUCUAUACCCUUUUUUUGAGUCUAAUCAAACGAAAAUGAUGAACAUUUUACUUAAUACUUAAACUAUUUAACAUAUAAACCAUGAACUUGAAAUUUAGAAAGAAUAUUAAAUUUAAUUAUUUGAUGUUCAUCCUCCAGAUGAGGUGAUUAAUAAAGGAAUUAUAAUUUAAUUAAAAAAUUCUAAUUAAGACGAGGAAAAAACCUAAUUUACAGAAAAUUAAAAGACUUUUGAAUAUUUUAAAUAUGAUCAAGUCACUAUUACUCCAAAACCAUAUUAUUUUAUAUUUAGUACAUUAUGUGAGUUUGAUUAAAAUGAUGAAUUAAUGCAUAUAAUAGAUUUUAGUCCUUUAGAAUAACCUAAAUGUUAAAAAUGUAAAAUUGGUAUACAUCCAGAUGAUUUUGAAUCAUUUUACACAAAAAAAGGAUUACUUGAUGUUUGGGAAAAAGGCUAAUUAUAUUUACAAUAACUAGCAUAGUUUACAUCUCCAAAUUUUUUAUUAGAGUACUAAAAUUUUCAAAUAAUAAGAGAUUUAGAAAACUAAAACUUACAUGCUUACUUUUAUUAAAAAAAAGAAAAAUAAAAAAAUUAAAUCACAAAUUAAGAAUUAGUAGAAUUUUCAGACCCUUUAAAGUAAAAUGCUAACAUUUAGGUAAUUGAAGAAUUUUUUAUAUUAUAUAAAAAACUUUAAGUUAGUAUACCUUAUAAAAUAUAAGAUAUUAAAGUACCAGAUAGUUAGCAACAAUAUUAAAUAAAUGAAUGUCUUGAAAGUGACUAAGAAGGUGAUUGA